GUUACUGUUUGCGCGGAAUGGAGCUGUUCGUUUUCGUACUUGCGUGCUUCGUCACGCUUGUAUCAGUCAAUGGAAGUUCAGUUCAACGUACUAGGUAUUACGGAAUCGGUGAUACCGCAACUAUAGGAGAGUAUCAUGGCGUACGAGACGAUUAUGAUAGUCCAAUAUCUAAGUGUGAACUACGUCCAAAUGGCGAAAAAGAUUACUUAACAUUGUAUUCGAAAAAUAGCAAUGACGACAAGUAUUAUGAUAAAUUUGCACUUGAUUAUUAUGAAAAGUGCAAAGUUUCUAUAUAUUAUUUGAAUAAAAAUGAUACUGGGCUGUGGUCAAUAAAAGUACUGCAGGAGUUCAAAAAUGGAACAGAAAAAGAAUUCAUUGAAAAUUAUGAAUUGUUUGUAAAAAACGUAUAUGACGAGAAACCUUCCGUUCCAGAUAGAAGUGUUGUAGUUUUUCCUGAGAGAGAUUUGACAAUUAAAUUUAAAGAUAAUUUGAAAGAGGAAAAAUGCAAACUUUUAAAUCCGAAGGGAUUUUUAGCAGAAGAUGCUCAAAAAUUAGAUUCUGGUUGCGGUUUUAAAAUAAAAGUAACAGACGAUUCUGCAGGAACUUGGACUUUAAUUGCAGAUAUAAAUAAGACUGUCAGUUAUUACUCUCACAAGAGUGUUUAUGUUCAGAAUAUGGAAAAUAUGAAAGUCAAAGAAAUGAAUUAUACUUUGAGAAAUGGUAAAACCGAAGCAAUCGAUGUAGGACCUGAAAAUGUCAAAUUUUGCAUUUUCGAAGGUCCUCAAGGCGAAAAAUAUCCAAUCAAAUUUGGUAGAUGCCAUUAUCAAUUGGACGUUACAAAACUUCAUGAAGGUACCUGGAAAAUAUAUUACGCUCUUCAAGGAUUGGAAAGUCUUGUGGAACAAGUAGUAAAUGUACACGUAUACGAUCCCGUCAAUUUAAAAAACGAAGUAAUUUAUAAUGCAGAUAAUAGUAUCAGUUUGUUGUGCCAAGUGAGUAAUUUACCGGCGUUCUGUUACUUUAUUACGCCCAAUCGAACGAUUAUUCACAUGACACCUGGAAUUGGCGAUGAAAAGUACGAAUAUUAUGGAAACGGUUCCAGCAGAUACAAUGAUUUAGGAUCAAAGUAUGAUUGCGGCAUUAAAAUUUUACAACCUAAUCCUACUUACGAUUACGGUUCAUGGAAGUGUAUGACUGAAAUGGAUGGUCGUAUAACUGGAACUAUUUUAAAGGUGCAGGGAAAAAAGACAAAUUUUACAAACACAGCUGUUUCAGCAGAGAGCGUCAAAGCUAAAAUAGGUACUUCGUAUAAGUUAAAAUGCGAGGCUAAUGAAGUUUUAGAUUAUUGCUGGUUCCGUAGCCCUAAUGGGUCGUAUCAUUCAGUUAUUAAAGGGGAAAAAGUAAAAUUACCCGCUUUAAAAUAUGUCGGUCUAGGUCUGGAACUAGGAGAUUGCUCAGCUGAAGUGCCAGUAGCAAAUGAAUCAGAUAAUGGUCAAUGGUCAUGUCACGUGGGUAUCGCAAAUAGAGAUGAGGUCGUUCGUACUUUUGACGUUGUUGUUUCUGAAACCGAGCUUGAUGCUGAAUCUUAUUUCGUAAAAAUUGAAAAGAAGAGUAAAACUGAACUACUUUGUAAACAGUUACCCACUUCAAACAAAGUCAUUGAUUCUUGCCGUUGGGUUAGUCCCAGAGGUCGAGGAAUCAACAGUGAUUUCAUAGGAAGAUACAAAGUUGAACACAACAUUUCAUACUGCAAGUUAACCAUCGAUGUGAUCAACUUAGUGGAAGAUGUAGGAGUCUGGUCAUGUUAUACCCGAUACGCAAACGUGAACGACAAUAAAGAAGAACUAGUUGAAGAAGGAAGGUCUCAGAUUAUGGUUUAUUAUCAAAGUAGCUUUUCAUCGUCGAAAUUAAUUGCAAUCAAUAGCAGUAUAUCUGUACUCACAGCUGUGUGUGUAUCUGUCCUGAUUUAUUAUCUUUGGAAGAAAAAACGCGCUUUGCGCCAAGAGCAAGAUACUGUAAUGCUCACAAAGCCAGCGAAAUUUCCGUAGGUGAAUAAUAUUUCAUUUAUUAUAAAAAGUACUCAAUGAUUAGAAACACCAUGAUAUUUUACUUUGUUGAUAAAAAUAAAUAGUUUUUAUAAAUCGAAUAGAACUAUAAAAAGCUAUAGAUCUUUCAUAACGAUUCUUUAUUAU